AUGCCUCCCAGCACUGCAACGACGACGGCCACAGCCAGCACGUCCGAACCACCGGCCACUACGACAGCGUCGGCGGCCUGUGUGGGAGCCUGGCAGCAGUGUGGCGGGCGAAAUCAUGCCGGGGCAACUUGCUGCGUGGAGGGAUAUCUCUGCGUCGUGGACAACGAGUGGUAUUCGCAGUGCCAACCCACGCCUAUGCCCGCUUUCGCCCAAGCAGCGGCGCAGAAGCGGCGGGGCAGCCGCCGUCAGAAGUUUCUGGGCCCCAGCUUCAUGCAGUCCAAGGCGAAAUCUUGGAAAGGAGCCUUCCAGCCUCCCCUGGAGAAAUGGGAGCUUUAA